AUGUUAGGGAACACAAUUGGCAUCAGAAGUGGAGAUCGUUAUGCCUGUAGAGGUGAGCGCGGAGGCCGUGGCGCAGACGGUUCGGCUUCAACUCCGCCCGUCACUUUCACGGUGGAAAAUACCUCAAUUGGAAGGGUUAUAGGUCGCGGAGGAGCUAAAAUACGUGAACUUGAAGAAACAAGUGGUGCACGAAUCAAGAUCAGCAAGGGGGACUAUGAGGGUGAGGUGCAAAUCUUUGGGAGCAGCAAGGUUCAGCAGAAGGCCCGAGAGAUGAUCGAGGAGUUGGUAGCCGGAGACAAUGGCCCUGGGGGAUUCCGCAGAGAACCUGGGUGUGAUGGAGGAUUUGGGGUUAGAGGUGGAAGAUUUGGGGGUGCUGGUGGCGGAGGCAGGAGCAGCUCCAUCUGGUCAGCUGCAGCCCUGCAGGCGUCUGUGGAGGACAAUCCUCCACAGGCCAUCAACUGGGUCUCCAUGAGGGCCAACCGGCACAAAUACGAGGAGUUGAAGUGGCAGGAUCUCCCACCUCUGAAGAAGGAUUUCUACUUUGAGUCAGAGAUUGUAGCCAGUCGGUGUGAAGAGGAAGUAAAGGCAUGGAGGAAAGCGAAUAACGACAUCUUUGUGGAUGACCUGAAGGAGGGAGAAGGGGAGAAGCGUUCCUUUCCCAACCCUGUGGUCACGUUCGACGAAGCCUUCCUGCGCUAUCCUGGGAUCAUGGAGAAUAUUGUCAGAGUCGGCUUCGCCAAGCCAACUCCUAUCCAGUCUCAAGCCUGGCCCAUGUCGCUGAAAGGAGAUGACCUGAUCGCGAUCGCCCAGACAGGCACAGGGAAGACACUGGCCUAUCUCCUACCUGGCUUCAUUCACAUGGAUGGCCAGCCAGUAAAACGUGAUAAGCAGGACGGCCCUGGUAUGCUUGUUCUGACUCCCACUAGAGAGCUGGCUCUGCAGAUUGAGUCAGAGUGCAACAAGUACAGCUACAAGGGCUUCAAAUGUGUGUGUGUCUAUGGAGGUGGAGACCGCAGGGCCCAGAUCAAAGCGAUCUCAGCUGGAGUAGACAUUGUGAUCGCCACGCCUGGCCGGCUUAACGACCUGCAGAUGAACGAGCUGAUCAACCUGCGUUCCAUCACCUACCUGGUGCUGGAUGAGGCAGACAGGAUGCUUGACAUGGGCUUUGAGCCUCAAAUCAUGAAAAUUCUUCUGGACGUCCGUCCGGACAGGCAGACUAUGAUGACCAGUGCCACCUGGCCCACGGGAGUGAGGCGAUUGGCCAAGACGUACCUGAAGAACCCCAUGAUGGUGUAUGUGGGAACUCUGGACCUGGCUGCUGUGAACACAGUGCAGCAGACUGUUCUCUUUUGUCAAGACGAAGAGAAGAAGGCCUAUCUCUUCAACUUUGUCCACAACAUGGAGCCUGAGGACAAAGUGCUCAUCUUCGUAGGCAAGAAGAUAAUGUGUGACGACCUGUCCAGUGACAUGUGUCUGCGGGGCCUGGCAGUACAGAGUCUUCAUGGGGACCGGGAACAGUGUGACCGCGAGGAGGCGCUCAAGGACUUCAAAGAAAGUGUUGUCCGUAUCCUAGUGGCCACUGACCUGGCCUCCCGAGGGCUGGACGUCACAGACAUCACACACGUCUUCAACUUUGACUUCCCACGCAACAUUGAAGAGUAUGUGCAUCGCGUGGGUCGCACGGGCCGGGCAGGACGCUCUGGGGCCUCUAUCACCUUGGUAACGAGAGGAGACUGGAGGAAGGCUGCUGACCUGAUCCCCAUCCUGGAGAGGUCUGGACAGGAGGUACCUGAUGAGCUGGUGCUCAUGGCGGAGAGAUACGAGAAGCACAAGCGAGAGAAGGAGAUGUACGGCCCCAGAGGAGGAGGGGGAAGAGGAGUAAGAGACAGGAGAGUCUAA